AGCUACCACACUGUACUCUACCUUGUAUUACUACUGAGACCCUAACCCCUCCUACCCCUCUUUGCCUUCGUUUCCCUUUCUCUCAUAAAAUUUUCUGCCCACCUGCUGUGGGCUGCCGUCAUCACGUCUUCCCUACAGCCUCCCGCCUUUCUUUUCCUUUCUUUCUCUCUCUUAGAACGAUCGGCAGCUGGUCCUGCUUUUGCCUCGCGUCUCCAUUGCCCCAGAGUCAGCCUUCCUUUUACUUCUCUUUCUUCUUUCCCCUGCCGCCGGCACUACUCCAGCAAGAAGAAAUCAAAAAACAAAAUGCCUCCCAAGAAGGCCGCUGUUCAAGAAAAGGUCCUGCUGGGCCGUCCAGGUAACAACCUGAAAAGUGGUAUCGUUGGUCUUGCCAAUGUCGGCAAGUCGACACUCUUCCAGGCUAUUACUAAGUCGUCGCUUGGUAACCCUGCCAACUUCCCCUACGCCACCAUCAACCCUGAGGAGGCUCGUGUCAUUGUCCCCGAUGAGCGAUUCGACUGGCUUUGCGACCACUACAAACCCAAGUCCCAGGUUCCCGCCAACUUGACCGUGUAUGAUAUUGCCGGUCUGACCCGUGGUGCCUCUACCGGUGCUGGUCUGGGUAACUCUUUCCUUUCUCACAUCCGAGCCGUCGAUGCCAUUUUCCAGGUCGUCCGUUGCUUCGACGAUGCGGAGAUUAUCCACGUCGAAGGUGACGUCGACCCCGUCCGUGACUUGACCAUCAUCAACGAGGAAUUGCGGAUCAAGGAUAUCGAGUUCGUCGAGAAGGCGCUCGAGGGCUUGAAGAAGCAGACCCGUCGUGGUGGACAGUCUCUGGAGAUGAAGAAGAUGAAGGAAGAAGAGGCUACUGUCGCCAAGGUCCUCGAAUACCUGCAGUCCGGUAAGGAUGUGAGAUCGGGUGAGUGGGGUCCCAAGGAGGUCGAGGCUAUCAACCCUCUUUUCCUUCUCACUGCCAAGCCCGUUGUGUACUUGGUCAACCUUAGCGAGAGGGACUACAUCCGUAAGAAGAACAAGUACCUCCCUAAGGUGUUUGAGUGGAUCAAGGAGCAGUCCCCUGGUGCCCCUCUGCUCCCCAUCUCUGCUUCCUUCGAGGAGCGUCUGGCUGCCCUCGGAUCUGACGAGGCGGCUGCUGAGGAGUGCAAGAAGCUGGAAACCCAGUCUGGUCUGCCCAAGGUUAUUACUACCAUGCGUCAGUCCCUGAACCUGGCCAGUUUCUUCACCACUGGUGCCGACGAAGUCCGACAGUGGACUAUUCGUAAGGGUAUCAAGGCACCUGCUGCCGCUGGUGUCAUUCACACUGAUUUCGAAAAGACUUUCAUCCAGGCUGUUACUUAUAACUACAACGCCUUGAGGGAGUACGGCGACGAAAAGUCCAUCCAGGCCGCCGGAAAGAUCAUGACCAAGGGCAAGGAUUACGUCGUCGAAGAUGGUGAUAUCUUGUUGAUCAAGGCCGGAGCUGCCAAGGGCUAAACAACCCAUUUGGAUUGCAUAGUAUCAGUUCAAUGUGCUUGGGCCUCUAUUUUGAUUCCCGUCCGAGCCAGGUAGAUUCGCAAAUAAUAUGAAAAACGAGAGACGCUGUGUAUACAUUGAGAUUUCCACGUAAUAUGAUGUACGCUGUCUUGUAGCAGCAAACAGUAAACCAUUCCCGUAUCGCCAGCGAAGAGAGCAAAUUACAGCUCGACACGUGACCGC